AUGGCCUCAACUUGCAUAUCAAACUGUGUGGAUGCCAAAGCCCCCGUCAGAGCCACCUAUGUAAACCUCUACAAGUGGCCGGAAUCCGACGUCGAAUUCGUAAGGUCAUUGAGCUCUAACGGACGCAAGAAUGGCGGCGGCCACGGUGGUGCCGCUGGUCUCAUGCAUCCUACGGUGGUGGACAGUAUUUCGUGUCGACAGUUAUAUUUAAGAAGCUACACUUUCUCAAGGGAUGACGAGUUAAACGUAGCUAAACGUAAGAGAAGUUGUAGAAGAUUCAGGGACAGGGUGUCUGCGGCUAACAAAAGAAAGCGAAAGCUAAGAGGCGGUGGUGGCAGCAGCUGUAGUAGCCAUGGCUGCGAAGGUGGCGCCGGUGGUAGAAGGAAGAAACGUACGGGGUUUAGAAGGGCCAAGGAAAUGUCAUGUGUUGCCCUGGCGGCGAUUUUCAGGCGGUUGCUUUCUUGCACCACCAAGGUUGAUGUGGUUGGUUGA